AUGGGUGGUGAUCUCAACUUGAAGAAGUCAUGGCAUCCCCAUUUGCGCAAGAACCAAGAGCGCGUCUGGAAGGAAGAAAAGUCGGCUCUCGAGGAGCGCAAACAAAUUGAAAAGCUCCGCAAAGAGCGCGAAGAGGAACGCCAGAUUGAGGAACUCCAGAAAUUGCAGGAGGCUGCGGGUGGCAAGACUAUCACCAAGCGCGUAGAUUGGAUGUAUGCUGGCCCCAGCGGCGAAGGUGCUGGCGUCACAGAAGAGCGCGAAGGCUAUUUGCUCGGCAAGCGCAGGAUCGACCAACUUCUCAAGUCCAGCGACACACAAAGUCUGCAGAAGGGCGCAGCGGUUGGAGUAGAUGCGGUCGGUGCUACACCCAUCAACACUGCACGCGACACGCAAAAGAAGGUCCUUGAGGACCCGCUCCUCAUCAUUCAGAAGCAGAAGAUGGAGAUGCAGCUCAAGGCAAUGAAGGAUGCACAAAAGGAAGCAAAGUAUGCAGAGAAGCGUGAAAAGGAAAAGCAACGGGAACGCAGACAUAAGGACAAAGGAAGGGAUAGAGAGCGGAGCAGAGACAGGGACCACAAACACCGCAGCCGACGACAUCGGUCCCGCUCCCGAUCUGAUGACUACGAUGACCGGGACAAACGGGAGCGAAAACACCGAAGACAAGAUAGGGACGAGAAAGAUGAUCACGGCAGCCACCGUCGGCGAUCAAAGUCCCGCUCUCGUUCGCCUUACCGACGGAGCCAUCGCGAUGAACACAGGCGGCGCUCACGCUCACCACGGAGACGGGAUGACCGUGAUGAUCGGGACAGUUAUCGACGUCGUGAUCGUACCCCUCCACGAAAACCAUACGAUCAGCCUCGUCGACACUGGGACGAAGAGCGACCUGCGAGACCUGCACCUCCACUAACUGAGAAACCCGAAGAACCAAAGGAGAGUGCAGCUGAUCGUCUGGCAAGAAUGCAAGCAGAGGCAUCAUCACUCGAGGAACAACGUGCGGAGCGUGUGCGUCAGCAAGAGAUUGUAGAUGCGAAAGAGGAAGAGAACCACAAAAAGAAUACUGAUGGCGGGCGUCGUUUUAUUUCCAGUGUACGAGGACAAGCGUUGAACAAGACAGAUUUGGGCGACGCUAUUGCGCGAGGACGGCAUUCACUCAGAGCAGAAGUUGAUGUGUAA